CCCCCAGCACUGCUUCGACGCUCACCUCCUCUGACCUCCAGUCUAGCCUGGAUGUUUUACACUCCACUUCUCAGCCUGAGACGAACCCCGGAUAGGGAGGAGUGAGGCACUGGCACUUGGGGGUGAUGCCGGGGUAUAGCAUUGCAGCAGCUGGAGGGGAGAGCUCCUGGCACUCAGAUGCCCCUGAUAUUUUGGAGUGGAAUUUGCCUUAGCCAUCCAGGCUCAGCCUCAGGACCCUCCCCGGCUGAGAGGUUGGAGCCAGCAUGGACGGCUGAGCCCUGGCAUUAGCCAGCUUGGCCCCCCAACCCCGACCUGAGCCCAACCGCCAGACCCCCGGCCAGCUGGACGCUCCUGAAGGUUUAUGGCUUGCUGGAACCAAAGCGUGAGGUAGCUGGGCCCCCUGACGGUGCCAUGGAACGCCUGCUGCUCUACGCCUUGGCCCUCUGCCUGGGCCCCUCCCGCGCCCAGCUGUGCCCUCCCCGCUGCACGUGCCAGAACCUGUCCCCCUCGCUGGCCGUCUUGUGUGCCCGCGCUGGGCUGCUCUUCGUGCCCGGGCUCCUCGACCGGCGCACAGCCGAGCUGCGGCUGACGGACAACUUCAUCGCAGCUGUCCGGCGCCGGGACUUUGCCAACAUGACGCGGCUAGUGCACUUGACCCUCUCCCGCAACGCCAUCCGCCAGCUGGUGCCCUUCGCCUUCGCCGACCUGCGCGGCCUGCGGGCCCUCCACCUGAAUGGCAACCGCCUGCCGGCCAUCGGGGCCCAGCAGCUCCGGGGUCUGCCCAACCUGCGCCACCUCAUCCUGGGCAACAACCAGCUGCAGGUCGUGGCGCCUGGUGCCUUCGACGACUUUGCCGGCACCCUGGAGGAUCUGGACCUGUCCUACAACAACCUGGCCCGGCUGCCCUGGGAGACCAUCCGUCGCCUUAGCAAUGUCAACUCCCUCAGCCUGGACCACAACCUCAUCACCCACGUGCCCCAAGGCGUCUUCGCCGACCUGCACAAGCUGGCUCGGUUGGACAUGACCUCCAACCGGCUGAAGAAGAUCCCCCCAGACCCGCUUUUCCUCCACCUGCCCGUCUACGCCAAGUCAAAGGGCUCGCCCCUCUCCUCCCUGGUGCUCAGCUUCGGGGGUAACCCCUUGCACUGCAACUGCGAGCUGCUGUGGCUCCGGCGCCUGGCGCGCGAGGAUGACUUGGAAACCUGUGCCUCGCCGCCUGAGCUCCUGGGCAAGUACUUCUGGAGCGUCCCUGAGGAGGAGUUUGUCUGCCAGCUGCCCGUCAUCACCCACCACACGGGCCGGCUGGGGGUGACGGAGGGCCAGGCGGCCACCUUGCGCUGCCGUGGAGCGGGCGACCCCGAGCCGGUGGUGCACUGGCUCUCUCCGGAGGGGAAGCUGGUGGCCAACGGCUCCCGGACGCUGGCCUACGAGAAUGGCAGCCUGGAGAUCCUGGUGGCCACUGUCCAGGAUGCCGGCGCCUUCACCUGCGUGGCUUCCAACGCCGCCGGCGAGGCCUCAGCCUCCGUGGAGCUGCAGGUCAGCCCCUUGCCCCAGCUCGCCAACGGCACCCAACCCCCGGUGCCCGGGCCCUCCGAUAUCCUCACCUCGGCCAAGGCGGGCGCCAGUGGGAGCACCACCCCACGUGACGCGGGGGUCCUGGCCUCCGAGCUCUCGGCGUCCUCUGCCCUCAUUCGCUGGGUCCCGCCACGGCCCGGGCCCAGCGUCCGCAUGUACCAGAUCCAGUACAACAGCUCCUCUGACGAGACCCUGGUGUACAGGAUGAUUCCCCCGCCCAGCAGGGCCUUCCUGGUGAAGGACCUGGCGGCGGGGCGGGCCUACGACCUGUGCGUGCUGGCCGUCUACGACGACGGGGUGACGGCACUGACGGCCACCCGGGUGGUGGGCUGCGUCCAGUUCACCACGGAGGGGGAGAUGGCCCAGUGCCACGCCCUGCACACCCAGUUCCUGGGCGGCACCAUGAUCAUCAUCAUCGGCGGGAUCAUCGUCGCCUCCGUCCUGGUCUUCAUCAUCAUUCUCAUGAUCCGCUACAAGGUCCACAGCGGGCACGAGGGGCCCAAGAAAGCCAAGGUCAGCAACGUCUACUCCCAGACCAACGGCGGGCAGCCCCCGGCUUCCCGGGCGCAGGACGGGGCCGACGACAGAGCCAGGGAACCAAACAGGGUGGCUCCGAGCAAGGACUGCGAGAAGGGGCUGGCCACCCGUGGCCAAGAAGCGGGCACGGGGAAGACACCCUCUCCCAGGAGGAGGAAGUGGUCAAGGACUACUCUAGAUCUCCACUGCAAGUGCCCCGCGCCCAGCCGAGCUGAGGAACAAGGUAACAGGGCCCUUGCGGGCAUGGUGAGGAUCUGCCCGGAGGAGGCAGGGUUUCGUGUCACGUGUGGUGCAGGACGCUUCAUGCGUCUUCCCUGGAUGGUCCUUGCAAGCAUCAUAGCUGGAGGAGAACCAUAUCGGAGACUCCAGCAAGAGCCACCAGAAGGUCCCAUCGAGCUCAGCCCCCCCAGACGCUUAACCAUGGGCAUUUCCUAUCGGUCCUUCUCCAGUGUUGGGGCCUCUCUGAGUGCCACUGACCCUUGCGGCCCUGGGCAGGGGCUGAGGGAUGGAAGCUAAGCAAAGGGUUUGGAAAGCAAGGAUUGGAGAGAUCUGUAAAGAGUUAAAAAGGGAGGGGAACAGGCACCUGAAUCCUAUGGGGAUGGAUGGAUGGAGACUGGCUAGACGGAGGGAUAGAUCCCUGCUGUCCAUGGAGAGGUGGGUAGAUGGAAAGGUAGAAGAGGGGCAGAUAGAUGCAUACUGCCGGUGGCUGCGUGGGUGGAUGGAUAGAAAGAUAAUGCGGAUGGACGGAUAGUUUGGGCGGAAGGACAAAUGGGUAGACAUAAUGCAGAUGGGUGGAUGGGUAACAUGGACAGAUGGCUGGAUAGUGUGUGGCGGGGGGAGGGCGGGUAAUGCAGGUGGGUAGAUGGAUGGGUAAUGCAGGCGGGUGGGUGGA